AACAGGCCAUGAUAUGACAACGUGAAAUGAAAGCGACUACGAUCAAAUAGAGUGCUGUGAGAUUUUCUUGCCUUCCCGACUGGGUUCUACGUGUUUGGAAACCCUGUGGGACUUGGCACGCUUUCGAUCCUUCUUUCUACCCCCUACUACGGCUUUCUUCCCUCAUGUUGAAUGACAGCUAAGCGCCAGUAUGUAUUACUGGUGUAUCUGAUCUGUCGCUUCCUCUUGCAGUGCUAUCGACAAAUCUGUGUGACAAUCACACCUGGAUUUGUUUCUUAUCUGUUUUUCGCUUUGGAUUGUCAUGGAUUUCAAUUCCUUUCACGCCGUUGGCGCCAGCGAUUUUGUGUCCUUUACAAAGUUCGUUCUCGAGAUACAACGGGGAUUUUUUUCGAGUACUACAAAGAUAAACAGUGCCACAAGUUGAAAGGCCAUGUGGACUUAAAGAACUGUGAGUGCAUUGCAGAUGACUAUCAGAUUGGGAAAUGGCUCAACGUCUUCUCAAUACACACGAAGCACAAAGGAAAAUCUCGAAUCUACUACUUCUCAGCCCCCGACCCACAGAGCAUGUCCGAUUGGGUACGGCAUCUUGUCGAGGUCAAGGGUUUUGUGGACAAUUCUCAACCCGUCGAACCAGCCUAUCCUCCUUACCCCAGUUCACUUCAAGGAACACAAGGCACUUGGGACACACGACAAAGACGAGUUGCACUGAACCAACCCUUGCCUUCGCCGGUCCCACUGAGCAGUACACAUCGUUCAAGUAAUCCAAGUGUGGUGACUGCUAGUCAUCCAACAUUGACGCACCCUAGACUAGACGAUGGAUAUCGUGACCCACCAGCGUCAGGAAACGAAUAUUUGCUCUCUGCUUCGGAAGCUGAGAAAGACGGUUAUUACCCUCUCCCUCCUCUGAAACACUCUUAUGUCAAUCUAACCGAUAACGGAGACCAACAAACGGCUGUUUCCUGCGGCGAUGGCUACAGUUUUCUCCCCUCUACGCAAUCAACGAUCGACCCGCAUUCUGCUGGUCCAGGACCUCCAAACGUUCCACCUAAAGGCUCUCCACUGCCAACAGCGGCCAAACCAAAGAAACCGAUAGCAGCAAGACCGGUGCGCAUGUUUCGUCGAGAUGAACGGCUCUCGCAAUAUCAUCAAGUCCCCUUCGCUGCACCCAACCCAACAGUGUCCGACUACGCAAAUGAUUCGACUUCUGUACCUUUACACACACGGUCCCCUCCCCCUCCGCCACCAGCUCGGAAUCCAGCUACUGCCACUCUGCCCUCUAAUUUCCCAUGCACCAAGCUCUCAUCCGAACAUACGAUCGCCCGAGCUCCUUGCGCUGAGAGCGACCUGGAACUGCCUGUUCGUGCUACCGACUCGAACAGGGGCGAUGCUGAAAGCGACAGUAGCAGCGUAGAUUCCGUAUCGAGCGGGGAGCACCAACCAGAUGAGCAGUCCCUCUUGGAUAAUUCGUUGAGUGGAGCGCCGACAGAGACAGCACCUCCACCACCUUCAGUUCCGGAUUGUCAAAUGCCUCCUCAGGGCAGCACCCUAAACGAACCUUCGAGUCGUAAUCCAGCGCCGAAUCCAGACCUAACGGCUGCUCAACAGUCAACUCGACGUAUGCAACAACUGAACUACAUCGAACCUUGCAAUCUCGAAAUAGGCUCUCAGCGAACCAACGGUAAUAUUCCACGACCUGUGCCUCCCAAACGGCUUCCAAAGUCCAAAGCCCAAGAUGUUCAGGUCACCAGCUCGUGUCCGACUUCCACUGUAACUGGCUCGGAUUCUCCCGCCAGUCCGGCAGAUUACUAUAAAAUAGAAUACAAAGAGAUCGAUCCUAUUGAGACAAACGCCCUCGCUAUUGCAUCGAAACGUUACCUGGAUGAUGAUGCCCCUCUGUGACGAGAAGUACUUGCCUUUUCGAUCGUUUCUUUCUCCAUCCACAGACAAGCCUACUGAUACUCGGCUGCAAUGCAUGUGUUGUCAUUGGUACAAUCCGCUACCCGGUUACAUAUGCUUUAGGUGAUUCAGAGCUUUGCCUUAUGCUUUUUUGUACAUCUCACUCCGUUGUCAUCUCACCACUGCGUUUGAUGUUAUUUUUGCCAAUGGUAUUUGGUUAUUGAUUGUUGACGCCCUUCCAUGCGUCGCUCUCCAUUCCUGACCGACGAUCUUCCCGUUUUUCUUAUCACUUGUUUUUUUACACGUGUGCCAAAUCAUGAAGACUGGCGCACUGCGUUCUAUUUCAUUCCUUCUGCACUGUCGACUCUGCCAGUUGUAUGGUUCUUCCAGUUGCUUUUGAAUGUCCUUGUCUUAAAACAGAUUCAAUUUUAUUGUUGAGAUCCCUGACUGUGAUUCCGUAUGGUUGUCAUCCAGCGUGACUGUCUACUACGGCUUUCCGUACUUUCUUACCCAUUCCCUCAUUGAUCGUCUCACCAACCGGUACUUUUAAUCGCAUAAAUCGCAUUGUGUUCCUCAAUAAUGCAAUGUACUAUUUCCUUUGUUAAUAUCCCGCCGAUGGUUAUUAACGGAGGGGUAGAUAAAAGACGGCUAC